AUGCACCUCUCCGCCCCGCAGGGGAACAGUGUGAACACGUUCAUUGACCCUGACCAAUACCGCUUCAAACUGAUUAUGAUCGACUGCAUUGCCGAUCAUGUUCGCAGAACAGGCCCCUGCGCACUGAUAACCAAGGUGGACCUGAAGCACGCAUUUCGGCUCUGUCCGGUACACCCCGACGACUGGCCACUGCUUGGCAUGCAAUGGAGAUCGAAGUAUUACUUCGACCCAGUCUUGCCGUUCGGUUUGCGGCCCGCCCUUAGCUUGUUUAACCGCCUAGCAGACGCGCUUAAGUGGAUCCUACGCCACAAGUACAGCAUACCCGCACUCGAGCACUACCUCGACGACUUUGUUUCGGUAUCACCACCAGCCACUGUGGUGCCAUCAUCGACAGCCGCAGUCCACAAGGCCACGAUCCUUCAGGUGUUCGACAACCUGGGUGUCCCCACUGCAGUUGGCACCGACAAGGUGGUGGGUCCAUCCACGUGCGUCACCGUGUUGGGCAUCGAGAUUGACUCGGCCACCGAGGAACUCUGCCUUCCCACUGACAAGCUCCGCGCGCUGCAACAUCUGCUGCAGUCAUGGUCCACCCGCCACACCGCCUCACGGCGGGAAUUCCAAUCUCUAGUGGGCCACCUGUCUUUCGCAGCAAAGGUUCUUCCAGCUGGACGCACCUUUACUAGACGGCUCAUUGAUGCAUGCACUUCCGCUCACGGCUCAUCGCCCAUCGUCCACCUGAGCAGCGAUGCCCUAGCCGAUAUCCGGUGA